GACUGGAUCCGCAUGUCUCUACCGGUGGCGGUCGGCCAAGCUCUGCAAGUGGCUCCAUCGGAUGUGCCCCUCGAGCUGAUGAUUCGUGACGCGAGCAUGUACGACAACCACGUCCUGCGGAGCUUCAAGCUUCGACGAAAAGAUGAAGUCGAACCUGAACCCGCUGGCCUCGAGGCCUUCGAGCUGCAGCAGAAGCAGCGGGUGCAGGAAGCCGAGGUCUCCGACCAAGUGCCAGAAGAGGGGGAGAUGCCCAAGGCAUCGAACAUCUCAGGUUCGACGCGCAAGGUACCGAGCAUGGGCUCAGUGGACCCGCGCGUGCGUGGUGGACAGAAGCAGAGACCGAAGCGGGUUUCGGUGGCCUACAGUCCAUGCAGGAGUGGAUCCUGCAACCUCUACGUGGCCGUCCGCUGUGAGGUCUGGCGUCUUCCCAAUAAAGACGGCGACAUGCUACCGGCA